AUGGCGUAUAAUCCUUACGGCAGGCCACAAUAUGGCGCGCCGCCCAACUAUCCACCUUUUCCGGGCGCCGGUGCAGGCCCACCUGGGAUGGCCCCUCCUCCAGGUCUAGGCCCGCCACCAGGCAUGUCCUCCGCCCCUGGCAUGGCGCCCCCUCCGGGUGUCCAACAGCUCCAUCCAAGUAAUCCCAUCCAGGCUAAUCGACCAGCCGGUGUUCCUCCUUCCUUCCAGCCACCCGCGAACCUUCCGAAUAUCAACUUCAACGCUCCCGUUAUCCGCCUCGGCUCUACGACGUCCUCACUACCGAACAAGCCAGGUAGCGGUCCACCCACCGGUCCGGCCGGACCACCAGGCAGCCACCACCGACGGGGUGAACCAGAGGCGCCGGUCUCUGAGCGUGCGGAACGCGAUGGGGAUAGGGACCGUAUACGCGGCGGCGGUGGCAGGCAAGGGUUUGGUCACGAUCGCGGUCUCGAGCAGGCGAGGCAGAAUCUGCGGGAGAGCAUACACAACCUGAUGCAGCCGACGCCAGAAGAAAAGCUUAGGACUUUUUUUGUGCACAAGAUACCUGCCGGAGUCGGCGGCGAGGCGGGUGUCCAGAGAAUUCUCAAUGCCGCCGGGAAGCUGCGGCGGUGGGACUCGGCCAAAUCUCAAUUGUCAGAGAACAAGGACCAGGUCUUUGGAUUCGCCCAGUACGAGGACGCCGAUUCGGUCAUGACUGCCGUCGCGCUGUUGAAGGAUCUCUACGUUCCCAAAGAGAAGCAGGAACCUGGCGGGACGAAGGAGGACGGUGAGAAAAAGACAGAAUCCGAGCCAGCCAAGUCAGAAACAGAACCUUCUGAGGAGAAUGGUGAGAAGAAGGAGGAGGAUGUCGAUGAUGGCCCCUAUAAAGGUAUUGAAAAGGUGAAGCUUGCUGUGGUCGUCGACGAAGCUACUAUCAAGUAUAUCGAGCACUACAAGGAAGAGAGGGGGGAUGACUUCGAGGCCGAUGCGAAGAACAGACUUGCAGCUGCCGAAGUGAAGCUCAAGGAGGUCUUGGACGACAUGUUCUUCCCCAAGCAAAAGAACACAAAAGACGGGGACGGCGACGUAACAAUGGGCGAGGCGGCGCAGGGAGACGUCGAGGUCAUCAACAUACCUCUGGCUCAGGAAGACGAGCUGGCAGAAAUUCCGGCCGAGAUGAGGGAAAUUGUGGCGGCCGAGAUCGCCGCAUUCCGAGAACGAAGUAACCAACGAGACCAGGAGCGACUGCGGAAAGAGGAGGAGAUGGAGGAGGCAGAGCGCAUACGUAGCGGCAGAGCUCUGCGGGCACAACGUGGUAUCGAGUCGCCACCGCCAGAUUCACGCGUCCCCAAUGCACCCUCAGGGCCUAGGGGACAGAAUGGUACGACGAGGGGCGGUGGCUCCAAUUCUGUAAACUUUGUCAACGGCGGCGCCAUCAACGGAGACGGUCAAUACUGGCGGGACGACGACACUGAUGCUUCAGACGAGGAGCUCCACCGGCGGGAAGUCUCGAAACAGAAAGCAGAAGACGACAAACUGUAUCUGGAGGCGGAGCGUAAGUGGGCGAACCGUGAGAGGGCACGACAGGCAGCGUUGGACCGAGAGCAAGAACGCGACCGCGCGGAUGUGGAGAACGCGGCGCGGCGCAAGGCUGACCAACUCGAACGGGACCGGUCGCUCGCCGAGGAUGAGGCUAGUGGCAAACACAAGAGCAGUCACCUCUACUACCGCGACAGGGGUGCUUGGGCGAGGCGCCGGGCGCACGAGCUGGCCGAGGAGAGGGCACGCGACGAUGCGGAUCGGCGGGCCGAGGCGGACGAAAAGCGACGUGAGGAGGCCCAAAUGGAGCGUGCGCGGGGUAUGGCCGAUUCUUUCCUGGAGCAGCAGGAGCGUGAGAUGGAUGUGCGGCAACCGGAGGAGGCGGCACCAGCGGCAGCGCCCCAACGUUUCACCAUCUCGCUCGGUGCAGCCGCACAAAAGGCUCAGACAACGCGGGCUCCGGCGACGCGGCGGACGUUUGCAGACGUCGAGGGCCUGCUGGACGACGAGGAGCAGGAGGGCAAGACGCGCAAGCUGGUGCCGAUCAAGUUCGAGCCGCUGUCGGCUGGGCAGACGAUGACGGAGGAAGAGGUGCAGAAGGCGGUGCGGGCCUUGGCACAGGAGAUUCCAACGGAGAAGGAGGGCCUUUGGGCGUGGGAUGUGAAGUGGGACUACAUGGAGGAGUCGAUCAUCCAGGAGAAACUGCGGCCGUUUGUGGAGAAGAAGGUGGUCGAGUACCUGGGCGUACAAGAGGAGAUCCUGGUCAACGUGGUGGUGGACCACCUGCGCAAGCACAGCAAGCCGCAGGAGCUCGUCGAGGAACUCGAGGGUCCACUGGACGAGGACGGAGAGGACCUGAUCAAGAAGCUCUGGCGCAUGGUCAUUUUCUUCACAGAAAGCGAGAAGCGCGGAUUACCGGCUUAG